AUGAAUGACAUUGAAUUUGCUGCAGUGGGGACCUGUAUGAGGAAUUGUAAGGAUGUGCCGAAGUCUGAAGGAAAACUAGCAAGAGGGGAACACCAAAUUAGAAUUAGUAAUCAGGGAACUUUAGCUAUUAGAUGGCAAGAUACUAAAGACUUUGUUUUACUUUCCAAUUGUCAUAAAGCUACAAUAACUAAAGUUAAAAGAAAAAUGAAAGACGGAUCAAGUUCAGAAGUUCCGUGCCCUGAAGCUAUAGAGUUUUACAAUAAGUAUAUGGGCGGCGUGGACCAUGCCGAUCAAAUGGUUUCUCUAUAUGAUAUCAACAGAAAAUCUGCGAAGUGGUGACGAAAAGUCUAUUAUAAAUCUCUUAUGAAGGCGGUUCAUAAUUCUUUUAUACUAUUCAGAGAAACACAUCAAAAAAUACUACCUUCAUUCAAUAUGUCGUAAAACUAGCGGAGUUAUUGAUAGCCCGUGGUAGAACACGUUUGAAACGUAAAAGGACCAGAAAAGUUGGCCGACACUCAGAACCAUGCACGGAUCCAAGUAAUGUUGGUGAUCAUUUACCUGAGACAGGGCGUACAAGAAGAAGGUGCUAUCGCUGCUUUCAAAGAAAAAUUGAAAAGAGAACCAAACGCUUGUGCAUGAUGUGUGAUUUACCGUUAUGUUGUUUAUACCUGAAUUACGUAACCGUUGGGACAAAUAUGUCCCGCCAAAAAAACCUGAUGGUAAAUCAGUG